GCAGGCACGGAGAGGACACCAACUACUGAAGAAGAUGUUUGCUCUUAGAGAACUCUUGUUGCUGACGUUGCUGGUCAUAGUGGCAGUGGAAUGCUCAGAUAGGCGGGAAAGGAGAAGUACCUGCGGAAGAAACGCUCAUUAUGUUUCGUCGCGCAGAUGUUGUGUCUGUAAUGUUGGCUGCAAAGGUGAUCCAAAAGUCUAUUGUCGAAAAGUGUUAAUCGUUACAGUGUCAGGUGGAGGAGGAGGUGGAGGAUCAUCUAGUCAUGGAGGCAGCAGUAGUGGCGGAUCAUCCAGUGGUAUUGAAAGCAGUUCAAGCGGAGAAAAUAAUGGACGUAAUUGUGGGAGCAGAGCUCACUAUGACCACGGAAAGUGUGUCUGUGACCAAGGUUGUAAAGGAAACCCGUAUGACGCCUGCAAGCGGUAUUAAUAAUUCCUGAAACAGCAAAACACAGUUUCUUGGAUAUGAAUAAAAACCUUAUUCAUGAAACGUUGCAAAUAAAAUCAUGCUGAUU